CGGACUCGUGGUUGCGGGUAUUGUCAUUCUUUCUUUCCAAACAUGGCGGAUCAGAACGAGCGUGCAUUUCAGAAGCAACUGGGUGUCUUUCUGAAUCGCAAGAAGACCCUCACGGGCCGCAAGAAGCCACUGCGAAAAUAUCACAAUAUUGGACUUGGCUUCAAAACCCCGAAAGAGACCGAAAGGGCGUUUCAGAAGCAGGGCGGAAUUCCCCUAAACAGGAAGAAGAGUGGCGGCAAGAAGAAGACGCGCCUCUACAGGGACGUCGGUCUGGGAUUCAAGACGCCACGCGAGGCCAUCGCCGGCUCUUACAUCGACAAGAAGUGUCCCUUCACCGGCAAUGUCGCCAUCCGUGGCCGAAUCCUCACGGGAAUCGUGCAGAAGAUGAAGAUGCAGAGGACAAUUGUCAUCCGGAGAGACUAUUUGCACUACAUUCGCAAGUACAACCGUUUUGAGAAGCGCCACAAGAACAUGAGUGUGCAUCUGUCGCCGUGCUUCAGGGAUGUUGAGCAGGGAGACAUCGUGACGGUCGGUGAGACGCGCCCGCUGUCGAAAACGGUGCGAUUCAACGUCCUGAAAGUGAGCAAGGCUUCCGGAUCGAAGAAGCGCUUCAAGAAGUUCUAAAAUGUGUGCAGAGAAAAAUAAAAUCAUUUGAUUUUAUUGCUAAA